AUGCAAACGUUUAAUAAAUUUUUGGCCAUAGCUUUGCUGGCGCUGGCCACGCUUAGCAGCCAAGCGACAGCUGCGCGCUUGGCGCUGCGUCCUUUGACCUCGCUGGAGCUGCGACGUGCGCUGCUGGAGUCGCAGGCGGCGACGGCGGGCAAUGGGCGCUCGGUUUCAUCCGCGCUGGCUGGUCUCAAGGGCUUUGCGCUGGGCAUAACCAAAGGCGUUGGUGGCGCCUUGCUCUUCGAUGUGAUUACCUCAAACGAAACGGCGGCGUACAUAAGCAAUAUGCUGGAGAAUUCCAACGGUGGCAGCACAAAUGCGGGCACAACGCAGGAAGUUUGCUUUGCCAGUCGCAGCGUUGAUGGAGAUGCGCCACGACAAGGACGCCAGCACAAUGCUAGUGAGGCUGAGGGAAGGGACGAUGGUAGCGAUAUGCCGACCACUUCGGGUACGUUGAGCCCUCCUACGGCCACGACCACUCACACGGGCACGGGUACGGCCAGGCAGUUGGACUAUUCUGAUACACCCUCAGUAACGACGCCGGAUGAGGAUCUUGGGGUGGAUACUGAUGCUGGAGGUGGCACUGGCGCGAUUACUUGCAUUGUGGUCAACAGAGGCGGACGCGCUUUCGUCAGACAUCGUCGCAGUUGGCCCGUGUCUGUUUAA